AAGAUAAACCACUUCAUUGUCUCUGUCUCUCUCUCUCUCUCUCUCUCUCUCUCUCUCUCUCAUCUGAACUCUAACAUACACAGCGACUUCAACGGACGGAAAUACCCUCAAACCCCUCUUUUGAAGCAAUCCCCAUUGAAGCAGUCCACGAUCACUCCUCGGCCGCCGUCACGGUUCAUCUCUGUUUCUGUUAUCUUAUGUUUCGAUAUUAGUAUUUGAUUCCGUGAAGUUGUUUUUAGGUUUAAUUGGGGAUUUUCUGUUAAAAUAUCAAUGGCUUCUUCUCACGGGAACACUCAUUCGGAGCGAGCCAAAAUGGAACAGAUUAUCACCGAGUUUUUCGCCAAAAGCCUCCACAUAAUUCUCGAAUCGCGCUGCCCUUAUGUCUCCUCUCGCAAUUACAGCGGGGAGCAGGUUUUGUCCUCGCUGUCUCCCUCCUCUUCUUCCUCGUCUUCUUCCAGUUUUAGGCCUCGGGAUAAGUGGUUUAAUUUAGCACUUAGGGAUUGCCCUGCUGCCUUAGAGAACAUAGACUUUUGGCGCCAGAGUAACCUUGAGCCUAUGAUCGUUGAUGUUAUACUAAUGCAGAGGCCUAUUGAUUGGGAUCCUUUGAAUUUCUCCCCGAAAACGGGGUUUGUGUCGGGGAAGGAGAGGCACUACUAUGGCUCGGAUAAUGAGGAGUUUGGGUGUGAAGGGAAGAAUGAGAGGAUUAUUGAGAGAUGGGUUUUGCAAUAUGAGAGUAAGAAGAAUGGUGGCUCUACUGGGAGUAAGAAGAGGUCGAAUUGUACGAGCUCUCAUGCUUUGUAUAAGAAGUCUAUACUGUUGUUGAGGUCUCUGUAUGCCACAGUUAGGCUUUUGCCAGCUUAUAAGCUGUUUCGGGAUCUCACUUCAUCGGCUCAUAUUAGGAUGUAUAAUCUUGCCCAUCGUGUUUCGUCUUUUGUUGAGCCGUUCACCCGCAGAGAAGAGGCAGAUAUGCAGCGAUUUGUAUUUACUCCGGUUGACACUUCUUGUGGCAGGCUUUGCCUCUCAGUAUUGUAUCGGUCAUCUGUAGUGGAUAUGGGUUUGGAUCCUUCGACUCCUAUAUCACCGCAGUUCAUUCCAGAAUAUGUUGGGAGUCCCAUGGCGGAACCACUGAAAAGGUUUCCUUCUGGUUUUGUAUCACAGAGCUCCCCAUCUUCGUCUCCAUUUGGAAGGAGGCAUAGUUGGAGUUAUGACUUGUAUCGAGCAUCCCCACCUUCAGCUAACCCCUCGCCUUCACCUUCGCCAACAUACUCCGAUUCCCAUGCCUCUUUAGCAAAACAGCGCUGCCGUCGUCUCCCACCACCAUCCUUGCCUCAUCAUGUACCUGAUGAAACACUUGUCGCUUACAUGAAGACUCCAAGUUAUGAUGAGUAUUGGCCUUCCCCUGUGUUUUCACCAUCUCCAUCUCCAUCACCACCCACCUAUGUUCCCAAUAGUCAUAUAUCUAAAGCUCUUUUGCGGUGUGAAAGUGCUCCUGUUAGCAUACCUGUGACAAGACUUUCUAGCAUGCCUUCACUGCCAAACAAACAAUUGAUGCCCCCUUCACCUCCCAUGAAAGCUACUCUACUAUCAGCUGCUGAGAACAUUGCACAUGUGAGGCCAACCUCAACAGCUGACAAGUUACUCUCGUUCAGCAAGGAUAGACCACACCAGAUACCUGGGGCAAGACCAUCAGUGAAUAGCUCACCAUCUAAAUCAUUUUCCAGUAGGUUAUCAUUUCAGGAUGAUUAUGAUGAUGGACCAUUUGUUGUCGAGGAUGACGAAAUACUCGAUCCAAGUUCCAGGUCAGGUUUGUUUGAGCUGCCAGGACAUCCGAAUGAGCCCGGGGGUAAUUUAUUUGUUAAAAGAUCACAAGAUGCUGCUGUCGGUGCUCUUGUUCGUAUGCUGAAGAAAGCACCACCUCUCCACCAAGAUCUACAGGGCUCCACGCUUCAGACACCGACCAACAGUAUCAAGGACACAACUGAAAUAUCUGAAGAGCCAAGAGUCCAGCAGUCUUCUGCUUCAAAUAGUGUGUCAUCUGGGCUUGGGCUCGUGACAUCCAAGACUACAGCUAAUGCUCUGGAGGAGCUCCAUGGCUACAGAAAAAUGAAAGAUUCGUUGCUUAAAUUGAAGUAAAUCCUGAGGUCUCAGCUCUGCUAAGCGGGUUCAUGCAAGUAUAAGUUAAGGUCAUCCCUAUAGUAAAGAUCUAUCUGUACAGAAUGUGUUUGCCAUGGUUCGUUUAAUUUUGUUUCAAGAUCUUGGUGAAAUCGUCCAUUUUCUGUGUACAUAUAUGAUUUUGACAGUGAGGCCAGAUUUGGCGUCUGAUCUAACUACGAAAGUUGGGCAUAAAACUUAUUGUAAAGGUUGGUUAAGUUAUGUAAAUAAAGCUGUGUAUAUAGAGUUGUAUAA